CCGGCCGCGGGAAGGCGGCGGGCAGGCGGCGGCCAUGGCUCUGUCGGCCGUGCAGCAGGUGCUGGUCUCGGCCGUGCUGGUGCUCUGCGUCUUCGUUUUCAUGCCCAGGAUGUUCGGGGGAGGAGGCGGCGGGCGGCCCGGCCGGUCCCCGCGGGGCGGCAAGGCCGGCCCCGGCCAUUACGAUCCCCGUCAGCACGGCAGAGGUAAUCCUCAGACAGUUUAUCAAGUUCACCGGAAUCCAGGAAAUUCUGACAGUAAUACUUACCAGAGUUUUCAACAGAUGAGAAAUGCAAUGGAGAAAGAGAUAAAAAGCGAGAGAACGAGAGGAAACGGUCGAGAGUUAGCAUUCACCCUCAUGCCACUGUAUGCUCUUGGAGUGGGAAUGUUUGCAGCAUACAAACUUCUUAAGAUGAAAUCACAUGAAGAAAAUCACUCUAAAAAGGAAAAAAGUACAGAAGACAAGGCAAAGGAAACGGAGCAUCAGCUUUUAGAACUGGAGCAGCAUCUUGCACAGACAGAGAAAAUGUUAAAUUCUUUAUUGACUCAGUUGGACCCACUUUCAAACUGUGUCAAUGCUUUAGCUUGUGAGCAGAAAGAUGAAAUAAUGACACAGCUCCAAUCAAUUAGACGACUGAUGAAAGAAAGUGGAUUGGAUAAAUCAGAAAACAAGAUGAAAGAUCUUGGACACAUUUGUGAUGAGAAACUUGAAGAUCUCAUUCAGUCAUUUGCCGAACAUUCUCAAGAGAAAGAAAUGGACAACAGAGAAGAUGACUGUAAUGAAGAUUUGCUUGAGGAUAUCAAUAAUGAUUACAAAAUAGAAGAGCAUGAAUUACACGGUGAGUGUGAAAUACAUCAGUUGGAGCAAGAUGUUGUAGAAGAUGAAGAAAUGAUAAGCAAAGAUACCAUUGAAUCAGAAGAGAUGGGACUGAGGAGGCGCAGUAGAUAUGAAUGGAAUCUGCAUAUGUAAAACUUCCAAAAGCUUAUGAAUUCUUUUUAUAAUGUUGUAUGCACUUUAAACUGAAAUGAAGUUAUGUGCACUGCUAUAUGCUUUAAAAAGAGGGGUGAAAUACUGCCUUUGCUUGUAUCUAUGACAAUUCUGUAACUGACUUCAGUGGCAGCAGAAUUUGACUCAGGAUGUUUACAUAUUUUUUCUAUUUAUUUUUCCCUAUAAAAAUAUUUCUGUACUCUGUAUAUAAUGCACUGUAAUUAUAUCUGAUGCUUCACUAAAAUAUUAUAAUAUCUUCUAAUUGAGACUGUAAUGAAUAGAUGUUUCAUAAAUGUUUUGUAACUAGAAAGCAUUAUACCACUUGAACUGUGAUUUUCUUGAGUUCAUUAAAGAGCAUGCACUGAUGAAUUCA